CGCGGCACCUCCCCGUUCUGCGGCUGCGGCUCGGCGGGCCCUGUCGCCGCUGGGUGGCCCCGCCACCGGGGGUACGCUCGAGCCUGCAGCAGGGGCGGAGCCGCGGGCUUGGAGUGAGGCCGGAGCCCGCUCGGACCUUUUCCUGUAGAUGGGAACGGGGGAAGGAGCCCAGACGUGGCAACACAUUCUCAGGCUCCUGCAGGACCACCAUGGCUUAUGAUGACUCCAAGAAGAAAGAAGAGUUCCUAGAGAGUGACCGAAGUGUUGAUGACGUGGGGCUGGCAACUGGCAGGAUACAGCGAGAGAAAAAGCGCUCUUACAAGGAUCUGCUGCAAGAGGAAGACGAGAUAGCAACUCAGGUCAGGAAGCCCUCAGAGAAAAGGUGGAAGGACAGUGAGCUUUUUCCGGGGACAGAACCUCACAAAAAGAAGAGAAAGCACUCCUCCGAUGAGUUCUGCUACAGAGGUGUUUCGCCUUUGGAUCUACCAUCAAAGAAGAAGAAAAAAGCAGUUUCUAGCCCAUCCUCAGCUGAUACAACCAUGGAUUUACUCAAGGCUAUCACCUCACCUUUGGCCACAAGCUCAAAGUCUUCAAAGAAGAUGUCUGAAAAAUCAUCUCACUCUUCCUCAGGCCAUUCCGAAAGCAAAAAGGAGCACCACAAGAAGAAGCUGAGUGGGAGCAGUGGGGAGCACUCGGUGGAUGAUGGCAGCUUCCACAAAUCUAAAAAAAUGAAACCUCUCUAUGUCAACACAGAGACACUUACUCUUCGUGAACCUGAUGGCUUGAAGAUGAAGCUCAUUCUUUCACCAAAAGAGAAAAGUAGUGCAGCAGAUGAUGAUUCUUUCUCCUACUCUUCAGCACCAGCAGCUGCAAAGAAAUCUUCAAAGAAAUCAGCUCGAGAUGAGCAAGGCUCAUUCCUGCUGGGUCAUGAACUACAGAGCUUCCUGAAGUCAUCCCGGAAGAAGCACAAACCACCUUCAGACUCGCAUCCACCUUCUGAGAGUUUUGGUGCUGACUCCUCCCUUUUUUCAGAGAGCCAUGGGAGCGAGUAUGAAAUUUCAGGUAUGGAUGCACCGCCAGAAUCUGGUUCCUCUUCUGGUGGGGAGUUGGAGGCUGGAGAGCUAGUGAUAGAUGACUCCUACCGGGAAAUCAAGAAGAAGAAGAAGUCAAAAAAAAGUAAGAAGAAGAAAGACAAGGAGAAACACAGAGAGAAGAAGCACUCUAAGUCUAAAAAGAGUUCUGGGCACGCUCCCGUGACAGUAGCGGAAGUAACAGUGUCACCACCACCUCCUCCCAGUACCCCCUAUGUUCUUCCUCCACCUCCUCCUGCUGUUUUUCACUCAGAUGGUCAAGGUGAGAAGAGGAGGAAAAAAGAAGACAAGGAGAAGGACAAAGCUGAGAAAUGGGAAAAGGAAAGAGAAAAGGAAAAGGAAAGAGAAAGAGAAAAGGAAAAGGAAAGAGAAAGAGAAAAGGAAAGAGAAAGAGAAAGAGAAAAGGAAAAGGAAAGAGAAAAGGAAAGAGAAAGAGAAAAAGAAAAAGAAAAGGAAAGAGAAAGAGAAAAGGAAAGAGAAAAGGAAAGAGAAAGAGAAAAGGAAAAGGAAAGAGAAAAGGAAAGAGAAAGAGAAAAACCAAAGAAGAAAAACAUGUCUGCCUAUCAAGUGUUCUGUAAGGAAUAUCGUACAACUAUUGUGUCUGAGCACCCUGGAAUAGAUUUUGGAGAACUAAGUAAAAAACUGGCAGAAGUGUGGAAACAGCUACCUGAGAAGGAUAAACUGAUCUGGAAACAGAAAGCUCAGUAUCUCCAACACAAACAGAAUAAAGCAGAGGCCACCACUGUGAAGAGAAAGGCAUCGUCUUCAGACGGUGCACCAAAAAUAAAAGCUUCUCCAACAGGAGUGAUUUCCCCUCAUAAGAAAUCCCCUACCAGCACUGUGGUGGUGUCUUCCUCACCAGCCAAACUCCCCGAGACAGAUCCUAUUGAUGUAGCUGCACACUUGCAGUUGCUGGGUGAAUCUCUGAGCCUCAUUGGACACAGACUGCAGGAAACAGAGGGAAUGGUGGCUGUUUCAGGAAGUUUGUCAGUACUUCUAGAUUCAAUCAUCUGUGCUUUGGGCCCGUUAGCGUGUCUGACCACGCAACUGCCCGAGCUGAAUGGCUGCCCUAAGCACGUUUUGUCAAACACACUAGACAACAUCGCCUACAUCAUGCCUGGACUUUGAUGGGAAAGGAUCCUGGGAUGUACUCAGCCUCUGCAUAACUGACUUGUGUACAUACGCACUACACCGGCACUCCCAAAGGGCUCUGUGUGUAGGGUUUUAAAGUUUUGUAUCUGUAUAGUAUAUACAUAGGAUUGUAACUAUUUGACUUCUAUUUUAUGAAAAGUUGUGAAGUUAAGCUGAGAAAACCCUUUUGUGUCAGUGGGUGAAAUGUCCUCCAAUCUGAAAGUAUUUUGUAUGAAGAAUUCAGAAAGCUUUUGAGAUACUCGCCUUAAAUUCAGAUCAUCUAGUGGGGGAAGCAGCCAGAGAAUGAACUUACUGAUAUAAAGAAAAAAAUGUCACCAUGAGAGGGGUCAUUGAAACAGGUGGCCCAGAGAGGUUGUUGACUCUCUGUCCUUGAUGAUAUUCAAAAACUGAAUGAGCAGCCUGCUGUAGUUCGACUUUCUUUAAACAGGGGGAGGGACCAGAUGACCUCCUGAUAUCCCUUCUAGCCUAAAGUAUUCUGAUAUUCUAUGGGCAGGUAGAGAUGAUAAUAUAUUUUGGACCAAGGAGUAGAACUGAACUUUUCACCAGCCCUGUGUCUAACUGCUUUUCAGUUUAAAAUGCUUGAGAGGGAAGCUGGAAAGCUGAUCAAAGAUACAGAGCUCUUCCAACCCUCCCCCACCUUCAGUCAGUAAUAACUGAAAGUUGUCAGCGUCGUCUGGCUGGUCUGGUAGCUGGCAUUUGAAGUAAAAUGGGAAAUGGCAAUGAAUUUCAUCUUUUCUUGUGGACUUGCACCCAAAUUGUCAUUAGCACGAUAUAUCAACCAACUGCAUUGGCUUGAGAAAAUGAACCUCCUGCUGAUUUUUCCAGAGCACCGUCAGGCUGUUUUGAUGGAGAAGAGCGUGGAAGCAGAUGGGAAAAACUGGGAUUGCUUCCGCCCAUCUUGGACCCGUUUAGUGAACGGGUUUCUGAGAUCGCUCAUCCCCCAUCCCUUUCAGCAGCGGUAUUGAAAGAGCCAUGGUGCUGCUGUGAGGCAGUGACUAAUGACUGGUUGGAAGCAGUUACGGCUGAGUAAGGCACACGUGGGUUGAUUGGACCGAUUCCCCUUCCUUCCAGCCACGUACUUGGUGUUUGGUUUUUUGCUCCUCUGGAAGAGGAGCCGCAGGAGAGCACUUGAUUCUCAUAUAGGCUUUUGUGUGUCUGUAUGUACGUGUACGUGGUGUUCAUAUCAUAUGUAUUUAACUUUUACUAGUAUCUGUAACAGAUUUUAAUUUAUCCUGUAUAUUUCUGUGUGUGUAUAUAUAUAUAUAUACAUAAUUUAAAAGCAAAAAUCCCUCCCUCCACCAACAGCGCAUGGAAAAUAUGAAUCAAGUUUGCCUCACCCCAAUUCCUGCAGGAACGCGUAGUAGUAAGCAUUGGCAUCGCAUGGGGAAACACCAGGAAGAUUUUUAACUGUUUGUAGAAACAGGCUACCUUGUGAAGGUAGGUAAAACAACUGGAAUAUAAUCUGACUCUAGCCUUUCCAGCCUUAUAAAAGUUCUAAAACGACAGAAGAGCAUUUUUAUGCUUCCAGGCUGAAGCCUAGCUUCUGUUUUUCAGGGCGGUUGCAAGUGAGCUGUCCCUCAUUGUGGCUGAGCCCCAAAUCACAUUUAAAUUAAAUCCUUGGGUGUACAGGAGGGUUUUUCUCCCCGUUCCUCUUUGCUGUGCAUUCCCCCGCUGUGCCUGGACGAGGCAAGUCUGUCUCUUACGGAGCUUUUCUCAGCGCAGCCUUAGGUUUUUCUCGAUCAGUCAGUGCAGGAGGCAGAAGGCUCUCAGACCACCACACAGGUUCUCAGCCCGAGCCUCGGCCCAAAGCCCACAUGUUUCAACAAUGUACGAUGAAUCCCAGUUGAGCUUGGAACUGGGAAGGGCCCAGGAGGGCGACAGUCUGAUUCUGCUUGGGAUCCUGGCCCGGACUAAAGCAUCUGCUGUUGGGAGCGUCACAAAAUCACUGGCUCUUUCCAGCCCUUUGCAGUCGGGAGCAGCCUGGUGACAGGGUAUCCGCUCUCCGAAGAACCGAAGGGGAUCAGCUUCAGCUUGGGCAUCCCUACAACGGAAAAACUCUUUGAAGAGUUUGACAAACACACACACAACCCUGCUGUAUUGUAUUUUUAUUUAAAAAUUUGUACACUUUGUAUAAUCCGUAUCUUGUGGUAUUUGGUACUAGAGGGAAAACUUUGGCAAGAUUUAGCAGUUUUUAUAUUUUUGUUAUUUCCUUGCUGUUUGAUCCAGGUUACAGUUAUACAAAAAAAGUUUUUGUACUGUACUUACAAUAUAUUUUUUUUUUUU